AUGAAACUGUUACAGGAGUCGAAGGAAGCAACAAAGGACAGAAAGUUCCUAAAAUCCCAGGUGGAGAAACGUCGAAGGGAGAGGAUGAACUGCAGCCUGGAGUGUCUGAGAAACAUGCUGCAGGAGCCACAACAACUGACUCAGCACCGGGUGGAGAAAGCUGAGAUACUCGAGCACACAGUCCACUUCCUCCAGAACUCCGCCAGAGAGGACCAGACGGGCGCGGGGGGUGGCGGAGGUCAGAAGCACUCCUUCCAAGAUGGCUUCUCCACAUGCUUGCGGAGGGCCGCUCACUUCCUGGGACCUCAGGGGAAGGGCUUGUUCCCCGGUGGAACGCUGGACACUCGUUUUGGUGCUCGCUGUUCCCGUUCAGACUCCGCGGGCGUCCAGAGGAGAACGGAGGCCGGCUGCUCCUCCCCUGGCUCUCUCACACAGACAAAAUCCAUCCUCCGGAUGCUUCGACAAAGGUCCGAGCACCGACUGAACAUGCGAGCCUCUGGCGCCGACACUUCUGUUCAUCCCAACCAACGUACCGUCCAGCAAGGGUUUCCCACGGUUCCCCAACAGCCUCAGAAACAAAGUGGGCUCUACGUCAGAGUGGCGAGUCCCGCAGGCAAACAGGGCCUGUCCCCGAGCUGCCCGGUCAGGCAGACUUUGUGGAGGCCCUGGCCCUGAUCGCCAGGCGGUGACCUCAGUGACACUGAACUUCAAAUUCACUGGUCAUUCACUGGUGCCACCUGUAUUGUAACUUCCAAGAAUAUCUGCUGUCCUAGUCAUGUAUAACUCGUGACAGUGUUGGUGUUCACACACCACCUCAAAGCCUGUAGAUAAUGUCAACGUCUCAUAUGUACAUGUGUUGUAAUGUGUGAUUACACUGGUGUCGAAUGCUUCCGGAUGAGCUCAGUCAUUGGGGCAGCCGUCCGUUCUGCCGACAGGCACACGCAGGGGCUCUCCCAGGCUGGGACAGACGGGACAGUGGAUCCGACCGGGGGCCCCCUCCGGAGAGUGAGGUCAGAGGUGAGUAUCACGGCGCAGAAGAAGUCUGCCUCCUGCUUACGCCGCUCAUCGUGAUUGAAGAGUGUGGACGCUGAAGUGGAUAAUGCUUGAGUGUCCACCACAUCACAUCGCAAUGCACAG